GGGGGUGCUGAGAAUUCCUUUCGCUGGGGCGUGGAGGGAGUAGAUAUUCUGGGAUAUCACUGCUAGCACUCCGCCGGGAAACGUGUUUCUUUGGCAUUUUUCAAACGGAAAUCUGAGGGAGAAUUUUUGAACACUUGAUGGUGAGAGGGGAUCAUUGCUGGGUUAAAUGGGGAUGGUAUUUUUCUGGCUUUCCACGAAGCGAUUGGUGAUAAUGGUCUUGGUGUGUUGCCGUUUUACUUCGGUGGAUCCAGUUUCUUCCCCAUCUCAGCACAGCCGGAGCUGAGAGAGCGGGAUCUGGUAGGCCUCCUGGCUCCGACCUCUCAGAGGAUCAUCUUCAAGGGAUCUUCUUUGGAGUUGUACUGUGCAUGGCAAGGAUCUACUUUCUUGCUGCCUCACUGAAAUUGCAUGGCCUAAACGAAUGAAUAUUUUUAUGAGGCGCCUUGCACCAGAGAUGGGCCAGGACCAAACCAAGCAGCAGAUAGAGAAGGGCCUGAGGUUGUAUCAGUCCAAUCAGACAGACAAAGCCCUGCAUGUCUGGACAAAAGUGCUGGAGAAGACCUCAGAUCCUGGAGGGAAGUUUCGGGUGUUGGGGUGCCUGAUCACAGCUCACUCAGAAAUGGGGAAAUAUAAAGAUAUGCUCAAGUAUGCUCUAGAUCAAAUUGACACAGCCAGAGAAAUGGAGGACCCAGAUUACCUGACAGAGGGCUACCUGAACUUGGCGCGCAGCAACGAGAAGCUGUGCGACUUCCAGAAAACGGUGUCCUACUGUAAGACCUGCUUAAAUAUGCAGGGUACCACCGUCAGCCUGCAGCUCAAUGGCCAGGUAUGUCUUAGCAUGGGCAACGCCUUCCUGGGCCUCAGUGUCUUCCAGAAAGCUUUGGAGAGCUACGAGAAGGCCCUGCGCUACGCACACAACAACGAUGACAAGAUGCUGGAGUGCAGAGUCUGCUGCAGUCUGGGAAACAUCUAUGUCCAGCUCAAGGACUAUGAGAAAGCCCUGUUCUUCCCCUGCAAAGCAGCUGAGCUCGUCAAUGACUACGGCAAGAGCUGGAGCCUCAAGUAUCGAGCCAUGAGCCAGUACCACAUGUCUGUAGCCUACAGGAAACUCGAGCGCCUGCCAGACGCCAUGGAAUGCUGUGAGGAGUCUAUGAAGAUUGCUCUGCAGCAUGGAGACCGUCCUCUGCAGGCUCUGUGCUUACUAAACUUUGCCGACAUACACCGCUGCAGGCGCGACGUUGAUAAAGCAUUCCCUCGCUACGAGUCUGCACUGGGUAUCAUGACUGAGAUCGGAAACCGUCUUGGACAAACACAGGUCUACCUGGGAGUUGCAAAGUGUUGGCUUGUGCAGAAAGAAUUUGACAAGGCUCUUGAUUCUUUGCAGCGAGCACAGGAAUUAGCAGAUGGAAUGGGAAACAAGCUGUGUACGCUGAAGGUACACUGCCUGAGUGAAGGGAUUUAUCGAAGCCGGGGGCAGCAGGAGGAGCUCAGAGAGCAAGUGGUGAAGUUCCUGCAGUGUGUCGAGGAGCUGGAGCUCUACUGCGGCAUGUGUGGAGAGUCCAUCGGGGACAGGGACCAAAAACUGCAGGCCUUACCCUGUUCCCACAUUUUCCAUCUCAAGUGUCUGCAGACAAACGGGACGAAGGGUUGUCCUAAAUGUUUCAAGUCCUCCAUGAAACCUGGAUUCGUGUGAUUGUGAAACCAUGUUUGUGCGUUGGAUCUGCAGACACAGUGCGACGCAUACUCCUGACUGAUCUGAGAGAAGCAGGCAGCCUCAGGAUGUGCUGAACAUGUUUGAGGAGUAAUAAUUCACAGCUCUGUGCGGAGGAUGCUGAACUGAACCCAGAGUGCAGCAGCUCUGAGGACACAAUCAAAGCAUCCAUCUUGUUGACAGACAGCCUGUGAGUGACAGCUGACUGAGGAGGUACAACUGACAGUGUUACAUUUCAAUAUAAGCCGAAGAAGAAAGAACCUACAUUGUCUCUGACGACUGGCCAUUUGUUGCAGAAUUUAAACCUAGAGGAAUAUGGACCGUCCAAAGAGCAUUUAUAACUUGUAUUUGCCAUUUUAUGCAUUAGAAUUGUUUAUUAAACUCAAGAUGAAAGAUUGUCAGUGAUAUCUCCGUAAGCUUAGUCGCAGGGUUAUUACCUUUUACACAACAUCCACUUGUUAUGUACUCAACAGUUUUCAGAUUUUUUUUUUAUCAGAGCACAGAGCCAUUUCUGAAUUUAACUGAUUUCAUACAUGGUAUAUUUAUUCUUGUAUUCAUGUACAUACUAUUCUCAUGUUAAUUUGCUUCAAAGGUUUGAUUUAUUUGAGGUGUUUUUUUUUUAAACCUAAAAACAAACUAAAAUCUCUUAACCAUUCAAAAACUAGUAUGUCUUUACAAAACAGGUACAUGCAGCUGUUUUUUUCCCUCCUUAUUCAUUGUGAUUAAGGAGCAGGAUCAACACACAUUGUGUUCAUAGAAAUUCCUUUUCUGUCCAUUUGUGGGAAUGUUGUACUCUGACAUCAACAUAAUACUGUUGAGAGGGAAACCUAUUGGGAAAGGAUCUUCUUUGACCAAUCUCACACUCAAGCAAAUAAUUAUUUAGAGGAGAUUCAGUAUGAUUUAAUGUGGUGUUUUCAUAAUUUUAGUCAUAUGUAAAAACUCUUAUUUGUCAGAUUGAGAUUAUUUACUUGCUGAGGCAUUUUAAUUCUAAACAGACAAUGCCAAAAAACAGCUAUCAUAUAAUUUAUUGUUGCAUGUUUUAUUCACAAUGCCAAGCAACAAAGUUGGAUUACAUCAAAUUAUGUAUCCAUGAAAACUUUAUUUACUUAUUUCAGAAUUGUUUAUUAUAGUAUUUCUUAAUAUUCAGUGGCUUUUAUCAUUUAUAUCCCUUAUAUAUUUGUUUUAUUUUAGACAUGGUGAUUUGGGGAAAAAAAGCCAUAUUAAUUAAAAACAUCAUGGCUUAAACAAGGUUUAUCACAAACAGUAGCUCCUCAAAAAACUCUAAGAUCCUUCUACUAGAUUUCUUUUUAGUAAGAAUAUUUUCUGUAUGGUGGAAACAGGAUAAAUUCUCGGUACUGCGAUGACAAAAUAAUUUACUAUUUAAGCCUUUUUGAAACAUUCAUAGACAAAAGCAUCAAACUUGAGGAAUACACACAAAUACUGUAGCUUUAAAAUAUGAAGUAUUUAGUUUUCUCUCUCCAUACAACACGUGGCUGCAUAAGAAGAGAGAGACCAACACAUUUACUUUUACUGCACGAGCACUUAUGUUUCUCAUUUUGAGAACACAUCACUACGUGACCUCACUUCUGGACAGCACCUGGUUCCUGUUUGAGGUCCCUGCAUCCAAAAUAAUGUUGAUUCACUGUCUGUUUACCUGUAGUACAGUCUAUGUAAAACUCUUGUAAAGUUUAGAUGUUAUGUCUGCUUUUUAUUCUUGGCUCUGGGGUAUGAAUACGAUUUUACUCACAGUACAGCCACUCAUAUUUAAUGGUUUAAACUACCUCUGUUUUCGCCUCUAAGCAUUUGCCUUCCUCAGAGGAUUAAUGCAGUAAUAACACAACAUUUAAAUAAAUACUUGUAGAAUUGUUAUGUUUUUCUAGACAUCAUGUUAAGAGUCUGACUAAAAUGCAUUGUUAAUAUAUUUAUGCAUUGAGUCAAACCAUGGUACUGUCGCAUAUGGAAACAUUUCAUCAUGGAAAAUAAAGUGCACUGAAAAUGAG